AUGGCCAACGAAUGCAGACCCAACCUCCAGGCAGACGGCUUCCGCGGCCUCCUGCUCCUCGGAUCCGGAACCCAAGGAAGCGUCUACAGCUCCUUUGACGAGAAGCUACAGCACAUGGUCGCCGUCAAGAAGAUUGGCGCCUCUACUCCCUCGCAGCAAGAGCGCCUAAAGAAGGAAAUCAUCGCCCUCAGGAGCCGCACCCAUCGCCAUAUCACGCCUCUCCUGUACGCUCUUCUGAGGCCGCACAUGACCCUCAUCGUCACCCCCCUGGGGAGAGGCAACAUCACCACCAUCAUGCCCAUUCACUACGACCUCGUCGACGAAACAUCCGCCUUCCAUACCCUGACCGUCCAGAUGCUCUCCGCCAUCGACUUCCUCGAGCGAGAGGGCAUCUCCCACGGCAACAUCAAGCCCACCAACGUCCUCGUCGAGACAGUCACCCGCUACGGCCGCUUCUUCUUCCAGCUCGUCGAUUUCGCCUACGCAGAGGGCACGUACGAGGCUCCUCCGCCGCCUUGCCAGCAUGCUGCUUCUCCUACUCCGGCUGCUGUCGCCGUGUACAAGGCGCCCGAGACGUUCAGCAGGUCGUAUCCGCUGGGGCCCAAGCAGGAUGUGUGGUCACUCUUUGUCACGAUGGCUGUUUCCUGCGGGAGGCUGUCGGAGGAUGACCUCGUCCGCAAGGGGCUCGUGCUGGCGUUUCGCGACGUCGUCGAGGCCGGGGUGCAUAUGCCUGAGCUGGAGGGCAUGGCGCAGCAGAAUCCGACGCUGAGGGCGUCGGCGAGGGAGGUGAUGGCUCGCUUGUGGCCCAAGAGUCUGGAGCCUGAUGGCGUUGGACAGGCCGGCCGUACGCAGUUUAACGAUUCCGACUCGUGCGGGUAUCUCGAUGGCUCGUCUACGCCUAGUCCUCGAGAGUCGCCGGCGCCAGGACUGCCUGUUCCCGAGCAGUACACACACCUGCCGCCGAUCAAGAGCAGUCUGGAUGACUUGCCUCCGGCUCCGAUAGAUGCAAUGCUUCUUCAGCCACCACAUUUACCCCCCGUUCCAGCCCGUACAAGACGAGCUCGGCGAGUUCCACCGCUUCAAUCUCAAGGUCAACCGCUUCAAUCUCAAGGUCAACCGCUUCAAUCUCAAGCUCAACCACCUCAACCCCAAGUUCAACCUCAACAUCAAACCCCCGAGAGCCACCCCCUUGGCCAGUGCUGUCUCGAAAGCUGCUGCAACACCCCGCGUUCGCUCCCGUCCUGGACCCCAACCUCCAUCACCGCUUCCAUCCUGACGCCCAUCUCCGUCGCGGCCAGGCUCGCCCCCUACAAGCCCCUCAGCCCCAUUGCACCAAGCUUCUUCCCCGUGUCGAGCACCCGCCCGAUGCCAGCCUCGCAACAGACUUCUCUCACCGAAACCUGGAACAUCUGGGGCGUUGGUGAUGCUCGGAAUAGGAACGGUGUCAACGACGCCAACAGGGCCAAUCCCCAUCAUCAUCACCACCACCACCAUCACCAUCACCACCAUCCCCUCCAGACUCAGGCCAAUGGCCAGUCCCAUGCCGCCGAUAACAAUCUCGAGUUUCAUCCCAUGGACAUGGAUAGACGCUGGGAAUACGUUCCCCCGUACCCUAUAGCGUGUGAUAGCCCGCCUGAGGAGGAGGAGGAGGAGGAGGAGGCUGAAGAGGAAGAGGAGGGGGACGAGGCCGAAGAGGGUUCGGAGAUUAUGUCUGAGAGCUCGAGCUCGUGGAGCGAUUCGGGGCUGGGCUAUGAGUCUUGA